UAAAUCCCUCUCUAAAAAAGACAUGUUAUUGACAUUGUUGUCUCGCGAUGUUGAUUGGUUGUCUCAUUCGUGCGCUUGCUUCACUUGUUCGUGUGAUUUGCUUCACUCGUGUCGUUUAAUAGUUUGACAAUUUAUCGUUUGACAGUGUGACAAUUUAUUAUAAAAAAUUAAAUUAAAGAAGAUGAAAAAGGGAGAGAGAGGAAGAGGGAAAGACGAAUAGAGAAAGCGGACGGUUCUUCGUUGCCCAUGGCAUACCUUCGGUGCGUGGCUUGAAUAUCGGUUCCGCGAUCCAGGAAUCGAAGUUAUGAUAAAAGAAACCGAAUUGGGCACCAAAUCUUAUCGAUUUCAAUGACAUUGAAAAAUUGAUCCAUUAUAUGGCGCAUGUUAGAACGAACUUUGCCGCCUGAUGUAUUUUCAAUAGGUAUCGACAGGUAUUUGAACGAUCAAUUUACUAAGCCUAAAGCAACUACUUCCGAUCAUUUAUGGACCGCUAUGCAAACUGUCAUGAAUGCAUUAAAUCCCAAGUAUCAGUUUGACGUAAAAAGAAUGGUAGAUUCGUGGGCUAUGCAGAGAUGUUUUCCUGUGUUGGAGGUGAUGAGAAAUUAUUCUCGCGAUGUUGUAAUAGCAUCGAUACAAUUUCACGACGAGUUGGAUGAGAAGCAAUAUUACAUACCUUUGACUUAUACUACGGAGUCGAAUCUCAAUUUUAACGUAACGUGGUCAGAUGUUUGGUUAACACCAUCAUAUUCCAAAUUUGAAUUCUCUCUUAAAAAAGAUCAAUGGAUCAUUUUCAACAUACAGCAAACUGGAUAUUAUCGCGUCAAUUAUGAUACCGAUAAUUGGCAAAAAAUUGCGCAAUACUUGAAUUCUGAAGAAUAUAGGAAUAUACAUGUUCUCAAUCGAGCACAAAUCAUCGAUGAUGCAUUUUAUUUUGUGGUAGAGAAGAAACUUAAUUUUACCAUAUUUUGGCAACUCGCUAAUUAUUUGUCAAAAGAAACAGAUUAUAUCGCAAGGUAUCCUAUGCUCAAAUUUUUUGAAUUUAUAUCAAAUAUCUUUGCAUUCUUUGAAUUUGAUGAAUUCAAUACAAAAGUCAAGGUAAUCGUAAAAAUAAAUUUUAUUAAUAAAUUAUCUGUUAAGCAAAAAAAUGCAUAUACAAUAAUACAGCGAUUUCUUAUCAUAAUUGUGAAAUAAUUAUUUAAAUAAUAAAUAUAUAUA